AUGGAGCAGCACCAUCUGUCGAAAAGCUCACUGAAGGCGGACUUUGAGAAUAUUCCGAUCAUCGAUGUCGCACCUCUAAAGAGUCCAGAUCGCGGGGAACGCCAGAGACUUGCGGUAGAAAUAUACGAUGCCUGCACACAGGUCGGGUUCUUCUACAUUAAGAAAUACCGUGGAUUCAUGCCUGUGUAUGCAGAGGAAAUACCAGCCGCUGAUGAUGGUAGCGAGCGCACCGUGAAAAAAGCAACGGGCGCUCUUCUAGAAUCAUUCGACAUUGGUUAUGAAAUUCUCGCCGAUCCACAACGUGCUCCGAAUGAUGUGCUCCCCCCGGAUACCUAUGACUUGUAUGGAGACAACCAAUGGCCAAGCGACGAGGUGCUUCCGAAAUUCCGAGAGACCUAUUUGCUGUAUUGUGCCGAGGCACUCACACUUUGUCGAAGGCUAAUGAGAAGCUUUGCUCUUUCUCUGCGCCUCGAUGAGAGUUUCUUUGACCCCACGAUGAAUUUUCCGGGAGUCACGUCCCGCAUCUUGCAUUACCCACCCCAGCCCGUGGACGGAGAGGUUAGAGAUGGGCUCGGGGCUCAUACGGACUACGAAUGCUUUACGAUUUUGUCCCAGGAUAAUGUACCCGCUUUGCAAGUCCGUAACACUCGGGGAGAAUGGGUGGUAGCGCCUCCUAUCCCAGGGACGCUGGUCGUGAAUAUCGCCGAUUGUUUGUCUAAGUGGACCAAUGAGACCUUCAGGUCAACUGUUCACCGAGUCAUCAACCUUACUGGUCAAGAACGCUAUUCAAUCCCCUUUUUCUUCGGAGUCGACUAUAAUACCACCGUGUCAGUCUUGCCAAGUUGUGUCUCCGAUGAUAGGCCUGCAUGUGUGAAACCGUUCAAGGCUGGUGAAUUCGUGCGUGCGCAACUAGCCAAGACCUAUGUGCCUUAUAGCGAGGAACCUUCUACUAAUAUAGAGUGA